CUUUGCUAGACCAUUUUAGCAAAGUAAUAUAAAAACGUGCCUCAGAYGCAUUGAACUCUAGUAAAAUAGGCAUCUGAUCAUAUAUCACAGUUUAGAAGAAAUCUUCGCAAAAGGCUAGCAGCAAGUACUGCACACGCUAGCGAAUCAAGUGAUUCCGAAGAAAUAUCCGAUGGUGAAGAAAGCGAAAAAACUGAUUUGCCAGAGUYAUUGCUCUUUUUUGGGAGAGAAGCGAACAUAAGACGGUCACACGAAAAAGAAGUCCUUGGAUUUUACAACCCAGAUGGCAAAUCUUGUGGUUUGACUGCCAUUCUUCUUUUACUGCUGCAUGUCAAACCGUUCACAGCAUUUGUGGAGAAAAGUCAAAGUCCCAUAUGCAGUUUAAUUAAAGAUAUUUAUCAGCUGAGAGGUCUGAGAGACAGAAGGAUCUCCAAAGUCUUUGGAAAUCUUUUGGAAAUGCUGGCCUUACCAGUCGGUCGUAUCGACUGCAAUGAAUUCUUAUUGAAACUUUUUACGAGGCUCACUGAGGAAGAGGGUUUCCCCAAAGAAAGUUUCUGUGGUGUACAGAAAGGAAGUGUAGUUCUCAAUUCUUCGGCGUCCAGGGAAAUAGUGUUAAAGACAAUAGAAACAUCAGAGCAAAACGACAUCAUUGUGCACGAUCUUUGCCCUCCAUCAGGGGGGGUGCGCAGCUCUUCCUUGAGAGAUAUUCUCUCCUUUAAACUUAAUGACUUCGAGGAGAUGACAUACCAAACUUUGAAAGAGAGAUACCCAGAAGAAAUAAGUGAAGCUAUGUCGGCAGAUGACUCGGGAGAAAAUCCUCACUGUAUAUACAGACGUUAUUAUCAAACUCCUCCACAAGUGCUGAUGCUGGGACUACAAAGGGGAACUACGGAUAUGCAUCGAAAGGAUAACCAGAACGUUAUAAUUCCAAGGGUAAUUCCUUUUCUUGAUUUAAAAAAGCCAGAGAACGAGGGCGUUCAUUCCUCAACUGAAUCGGGAGAGGGACAAUACACCCUUUAUGGAAUGAUAGUCCAUUCUGAAAAAAGAGACCAUAACUAUGCCGUUGUAGAUGUUGGGACGUCGAAAUUAAUUCUGUACGACAAUUUAGACGUUUACGAGACAGAAAAUACGGAUUCAGUUCUGAGGCAUCUGAGCGGGAGUGGCAGAGAUGACUCUUCUGUGGUAUUCAUAUACUUGAGCAAUCCAAGUUUGGCUACGAAAACACCCCCACCACCGGAAAAGAGCCUACGAAAUGACGUAAUUAAAAGGAGAUGUGAAGCCAACACAGGGGAUGUGCCUAUUAUUGACAUUGAUCCGAUGGAUACGCCAGUUGACUAUCAAGAAAUGUUUUCAAAAAUCGAAAACCAAACAAAGAUGUUCGUGGGUCUGGACCUCCUGAAAGACCAGUUCCUCAAGUUUGCAAAAACAACCAUUCUCCAUGAGAAGAGGAAGCAGCUGGGAUACAAAAUGCAGGACGUGUGUAAAAACAUGCACUUUGUCUUUCAAGGAAACCCUGGAACGGGGAAAACUACAUUCGCUAGAAAGGUGGCAGAUCUCCUUUACACACUAAAGCGAAUAAAGAAAAAGAAGGUGGUGGAGGUGCAGAGGGGUGACCUGGUGGGGCAAUUUCUGGGAUCUACCGAGGCCAAAUGUGAAGCAGUAAUAAAAUCCGCUAGAGGAGGGGUCUUAUUUAUUGACGAGGCCUACCGUUUGGCGUCCCGUAGCGAAUCAGACUACGGGAGAAUUGCAAUCGAUCAGCUGAUGUCCUCUAUGGAAGGAGGUAACCCGGUGAUGAUUUUCGCCGGGUACAAAAUAGAAAUGAGUGUGUUUGUUAAGGCAAACCCGGGACUAAGGUCACGGAUUCGCUAUUUCUUUGACUUUCCAGACUACUCCCUAGACGAACUGGAUGAAAUAAUGAGAAACAAAAUUGCAAGUAAUGGAUACCUAUACGAGGGACGGCGGCUUGCUGAGAUAUUAAAAGAGCACACGUCUGAAGACAUCAGGCAGCAGCNCUUAUAG